GUGGUUUGGAAAAUGGAUGGAUGGAUGGAAAAUGACAGUGCCGGAUAGUGCAGUUUUGGUAGUGGAGGGGCGGGCGCUGGGUACACACGUUUUUCACUGGGGCGGGCGCUGAAGUUGUGGUUUGUCCAGGGCUCCGUGGCGCGCCGUACAAGAUUGAAGAGGAAAUGGACCGGCUCUUAUUAAAACGUGGUACAAUAUGCCAGGGAGUAAAAUAGUAUUUUUAGUAGCAGAAAAUAAGAAUUAGCUCGUUAUUGAAUCAGUAACUAAAACCUCAGAUCUGCAAUUUUAAAAGAAUGGAUUAAACACAUGAAAAAUCAAAUAUCGCUUGUUAAAUCACACUGUUUCCCCACAUGAAAGGGAAAAUAUAAUCAUGCAACUAAGCGCAAAAAAGAAAAGGAGGAAAGAGCGAAACGUAACACGGAAAUGCAGGCUCUCUGUUUCCCUCCUCCGGAGGGCAUUGGAAUCGCCGUGCCUGCGUGUAACACACCCCCUCGAUAAGAUCGGCCUUAUUAGGGGGAAGGAGCGCUCCUGCCAUGGCGCCCAGGAGCCAGCUGAAGGCUAACACGAGGGCCUUGGAGCAGGAACUGCAGUGCCCGCUGUGUAAAGGCCUGGUAAAGCAGCCCAUCCUGUUGCCCUGCCACCACAGCGUCUGCCUUCACUGCGCCUCUCAGCUGCUCAUACAGAACGGAUACCCGGCCCCAGACAUGUCCCCCGAGCCCAAUUCGCCCGCAUCAACGCCCAACAGCCGCUCCCCACGCCUGGCCCGGCGGCCCAUGCCCAAGUCGGACCGCGUUGAGCGAGUGCUCCGAACAGGCAGCGGGACAUACCCGGGCCGGAGGCGGAAGGAGCCCCCACCCCCCGUGGUGCUGUUCCCCUGCCCGCCUUGCCAGAGGGAUGUGGAGCUGGGGGAGCGAGGCCUGGCCGACUGCCUGCGCAACCUGGCUCUGGAGCGCAUUGUGGAGAGGUACAGGAGCGCAAUUCACAUGUGCGGCGUGGUCGUCAUGUGCCAGUUCUGCAAGCCGCCCCAGACCCUCGAGGCCACCAAGGGCUGCGCUGACUGCAGGGCCAACUUCUGCAACGAGUGCUUCAAGCUGUACCACCCGUGGGGGACACCGCGGGCCCAACAUGAGCACGUGCCUCCCACGCUGACAUUCAGGCCCAAGAUGCUGACCUGUGCAGAGCAUGACCAGGAACGGCUGCACUUCUACUGUAAACCCUGCCAGCGCCUCCUGUGCUCCCUCUGCAAGCUGCGGCGAGCUCAUGGUGGCCACAGGAUCGUCCACAUCAGCCAUGCCUACCAGAGCCUCAGGGACAAGAUUGCCAAAGGACUUAACUAUGUCUUAGCCAAUCAGGAAACAGUGCAUACCCAGCUCAGCCAACUGGAGAAUGCCAUCACUCAGACUGAGCUGAACAGCGCCUCUGCACAGGAGCACCUGGCGCAGAGCAUGCAGGAGCUGGCAGGGGCCCUGGCUGGUAGGCGUCUGGAGCUGCAGCAGGAGCUGGAUGGUGCACGGCUGAAGCGGGGGCGGGCCCUGGCGGCACAGCUAGCCAUCAGGUGGAGCCUGCUAGAGAACGCGGGCCUGCUGGCCUUCUCCCAAGAACUGCUGAAGGAGGCCGACCCCCCCUGCUUCCUGCAGGCUGCCCUGCCCGCUCACUGCAGGCUGAUGAAGGCGAUCGAGUCUCUGCAAAGCUUCUCAGUGUCUGCCGAUCCUUUUCUGCGACACUUCCAACUGGACAUCACCCAUGAGCUGCAGCUUCUCACUAGCCUGGAUUUCACUGGGGCCCCUCUGGCACCUGUGAUUGAUACCCAGCGCACUCUGGCCUAUGAUCAACUCUUCCUUUGUUGGCGCCUGCCCCCGGGCUCUGCCCCCGCUUGGCACUAUUCCGUUGAAUUCCAGAGACGGGAGCCCGGGCUACGGGGGGCCAUUGGGAGAGGCCGGCGGUCCUGGCAGCGCCUGCACGAGGUGACCGGCACAAGCGCAGUGAUCGACAAGCCAGAAGCUGGCUGCGUGUAUGCGCUGAGGGUGAGGGGCUGCAACCGGGCUGGCUUCGGAGACUACAGUGAGGAGGUGUACCUGCAUACCCCGCCGGCACCUGUGUUGGGCUUCCAGCUGGACGCGCGCUGGGCCCUGCAUGCCGACCACCUGCAGCUGAGCCGGGAGCAGCGCUGCGUGCGCAGUGUGCCGGGCCUCUCACUGCUGCAGGCCGCCGGUGAGGCCCUCACUUCCUGCCCUCUGACCUCCGACCUGCUGGUGGGCAGCGUGGCUGUCACGGAGGGCAGACACUACUGGGCGUGCUCUGUGGACCCUGGUUCCUACCUAGUCAAGGUGGGGGUGGGUCUUGAAGCCAAAUUGCAGGAGUGGUUCCAGCUGCCUCAGGACAUGGCAAGUCCUCGCUACGACCCAGACAGUGGCCAUGACAGUGGAGCUGAGGACAGCCCAGAUGGCCCACCCCCCUUCUGCUUCCUCACAAUAGGAAUGGGCAAGCUCUUCCUGCCCCAGGCCUGCAUCGGCGACUCAAACAGCCCCAGCAGCUUGGCCCUGCCCCUACCCUCUCGGCUGGGUCUCUGCCUUGACUUUGAAAAAGGCCGCGUCGUCUACUAUGACGCUCACACACUCCGCCCCUUGUGGGAGGGGCCGGUCGAUUGCACCGGCCCUGUUUGCCCAGCUUUCUGUUUCAUUGGUGGAGGGGCACUACAGCUUCAAGAGAUGAUGGCCAAUCGCAUCACAGAGCCAACCACCCCAAGAAGGGUGACGAUCCAAUCUCAUACAUCUAGUCUGAACAACUGAGAUGCAGUAAUUCAGUGGAUUUUAACAUAAAGUUACCUCAAGUUUUUUUUUUUUUUAAUAGAGCUUCCAUGAAAAUAUUACUUUUUAAUAACAAAAUAUUAAUUUUAUUGUCAUUUUAAUGCCUUUUUUGUUUUUAAUAAGAACUUAAUAAGAGCUUUCUCUGGGAGUUACAUAAAACUUAUUUAUGCUUGCUACUUACAUGAGUGAAUUUGAUAUAUUUGAUUAUAUUGAUAUUCAGGUAAUGUUCAUCUUUUAAUAUCCGCAUCUUAGGCACUGUGUACACGUGGUUCUAUAAUGUGUCUUGGGUGGCUGGAUCACAAAUGGAGAACGAAAUGGAGAACCAAGGUAUCCAGUUUGUGUUCAGACUUUGUUCCUGCCCCACGUACAGUUUGUCUGAUGUCUUUGUCUGGGAUGCAUAAAUCCACAUUAACAUUUUCAUUACAAAGCAUAUGUAGUCACAUGUUUCCUAGACCACCUCAGCAAGAGGUUUGGGUGAUCUGAUCACAGUGUGUCUUGGUGCUUCUUUACACUUCUAUUUAGCUCUGUCCACUUGCGAUCCCAUCAUCCAAGAUAUAUUUUGAAGCCAAGUGUAAACAGGAUCUUAAAUUCCUCAUUAUUACAUGAGUUUUGUUUCGAUGAGGCUGUGGAAAGGAGACAUUCCCACUCCUUUUGCAGAACUGCAUUCAGUAUUUUCACUUACACAUUGUCAGUUAACCUAUCUAAAUGGUUGGUGUUUGUAAAUUAGGGCAGAUAUCAAGUGCUUGAGAGGAUUUAAUUUGUAUUUUCGUUCUCAGGCCUUUUUAUAUCACAGUCAUCAUCAGGGGUGGACAGUAACAAAGUACAUUUACUUGAAUACUGUACUUAAGUCCAUUUUUCAAGUAUCUAUACUUUUACUUGAGUAGAAGUUUGUUUUGGAAACUUAAGAUUUUAAUUCCACUACAUUUGAAAGACAAAGAUUGUACUUUUGACUCAACUACAUUUCUAUGAAGGUUCUUGUUACUCAGGACCUUGAAGCAUAGUCUAACAUGCGAGACAAAGGACUCAAAGAUGGGUGUUAGGGGUGUUAUUUACAGCACCAGGGAAACAAAUGAGACUGCAAGGGGUCAAAACAAGAAGGCUAGUAUGGGGAAGGACAUCAGCAGACAUGAGGAGCGACAUCAGUGACCAGACUGGGGCUGACGAGACAAACAGGUUCUUAAAUGCAAAGACUAAUGAGGGGUAACAAGCAACAGGCUUGGCUCAUCAGGGCCACAUCAGGGAGGAGACAGGAGGGUCAGGCGGACAUGAUGAGCAGGAUGUAAUAGCUUUGAAGACAGCGGGUAACAGCUUUCUAACAUGCGAUAGGUCAUGUUGUAUUCAUCAUAGAAGAAAAAACAAUUACAGUAAACUACUCCUGCACUAUCAGUCAUGUUGCUCUUGGGCAGUUAUAAAGCUGGAGGUGUGUUAAUGGGUUGACUUUUAUAAUUUUAUUCUAAGGAAGCAAUCUACAGAAAUUGCACUGUCUGCCUGAUGCACACAUGUGCAAGAACACACACACACAAACACACACACUAGGUUACCUAUAUCUUUGUAAGGACCCUCCAUUCAUUCCCUUGGGCUUAACCCUAAUUCCAUCUAUGACAACCCUACCAGCCCUUAACCUUAACCAUAAGUAACCAAUCAAAAUACAAGACUUUUAGCAUUUUUUUUCUUAGUGGGGACCAAAAGAAUGUCUCCAUGAAGUCAAAAUGACACGCUUUUAUCAUGCUGCGGUUCCCACAAUAUAGUAUAUACAUGACCACACACACACAUACGCACCACCAGAGUUGUGUUAGAAUGCGGGUUUGUGGAUGUCGGGUAUUAAAAAAAAUAAAAUUAAAUGAAAACAACAAUGGCUGUCCUUUUGACAAUUUGACAAUUGGUUGUAAAGACAUUAUAGCAUGUUCCACAAGCUUUUAUUUCUACAGGUUCUACAAUCAAGUCAGUGCAAUUCUGUAGGUUGUUUCAGUCAUUGGGUUCACUAAAUGAAUUGUGUCAACAACACAACAAUGCAUUGACAUAAAAAAUAAAUGUACUUUUGCAUACUUAAGCAUUUUUUAAAUGAAGUACUCCAGUACUUUAACUUCUAAGUAAGAAUUUGACUGAACAGCUUUCACUUAUAUUGAAGUAAUAUUUAAUUAUGAGUAUCAAAACUUUGACUUAAGUAAUGUAGUUGUGUAUUUUGUCCACCUCUGAUCAUCAUAUUCUUUCUUUUUGUUUCCAUGAUACUUACACUUUACAGCAAUAAAUGUGAAUACAAUAUGAAUGUAGACUUUAUUUAGUCUUCUCUAAGGUAAUUAUGCUAUAAUAAAAUUUGUAAUUAUCAUAUAUUUAACCUACUGUAAUGUAAUAUAAUAUUAAACUAUAGCAAUUAAUUAACUUUGUAAUUCCCACUAUAUACACAUUUUUAGUUUAUAUGGGCAGUAUAGAAAGGCCGGCUAAGAUAUUAUCAGAUCUAUGUAACCCCAUGUAAUAUGACCUGUGUAAUACAAUACAGGCACUUUAGUGCUAAGUUCUUGUAGGUUUACCUCUAGUUGUGAGACAGCUAGAUAAUGCUUUAAUCAUUUGCCUAUCUAAUAGGGGGUCACCUAGGUUUCCCUCUUUUCAGUUUUUGUGUGUGUUUUUGUGUUUAUCUCCAUUGUGUGCCUCUAUGCUUUGAAUGAAUGUGCCAGCAUGUCAGUAUGCGGCUUGUGUGCCUAAUGGUAAAAACUAUUCACUUAUUUCGAAUUAAAUGUAUUUUUUAAACUUGUCGUGUUUAAACUAGGCUAGUUUCAUUCUCAUGGCUUAUGUGAUUUUACGAAACGGAAUGUUUAAUUACUGAUUUUUUUGGCUCAUUUUAACAAGCAGCAUAGUAUUUAAAUGACUUUAGACUGUUGCAUUUCAUUAAGGACAGGCCAUACUGAUGGAAUUGUUGUAAAGCCAAAAAGUAUAUAGUAAUAAUAAACAAAAUGCUUGAAAGGAA